UGUAAUGGAUAAAAGAUUCAAACAUACACUUGUGGCAUUUAAAAUAUGUCCUUAUUGCAUGAAAGUACUUACAAUAAUGUGUCAUAAAAAUGUUAAAUUUGAAAUCAAGUUUAUUGAGAUGCAUAAUAAACCUGAUUGGUUUCUAAAAAUUAGUCCUCUCGAAAAAGUACCUAUUUUAAUUAUUGGUGAAGAAGGUAUUAUUUAAUUUUAUAUUCAAAGUUGUUUUAUUUGAGUCAGCAGCUAUAAUGGAAUACAUUGAUGAAAUUACACCACCUAAACUAAUGUCAGAAGAUCCUAUACAAAAGGCUUUAGACAGAGCUAAGUUUGAGUAUUCAAAUGAGAUAAUUAAAAGUUUAUACUAAUUGAUUUUUAGUACAGAAUAGGAAGUAAGUUCUUAUUUUAAAGCAAUAGAAAUUUGUCAAAAUUAAAGAAUGGAUAAUAAAACGAUUAAAGUAAAUGGAAGAAUGGCUUAAAGAUAAGAAAUACAUAAAUGGAAACGAACUAUCUUUAGUUGAUCUUAAUUUUGUACCAGUUUUUGUAGUAUUAAAUAUGCUGAAACCUAUUUUGCUUUGUGAUAUUUUGAAGGAUUACAAAAGAGUAUUAAUGAGGAAUAGAAAUAGUUAUAAAAUUAUGGUGAUUCUAUAACAUCCUUGCCAUGUGCAAAAACCGGUCGAGUUCCAGACUAUGAAUUUUUAAUGAUCGAUGGAAUUAAAAAUCAAAAUACUGUAUUAUUUAGAUCUAACCCAUGUUAUUUUAAUGGUCCUAAACCUUCACAUUGUUGUUUCUUUAGCAAAUGA